GGUGUGCCGUGCUGGCUGGCGUGUUGCAACCUAGCGGAGCCAACGGACAGAGAGAGAAAGGGUUUCCAGAGCGGCAGCGGCUGCCUGCCAACCUCUCCCCCCUUCUCUCCUACGCUGGCUGCUGCCGCUGCAGGCUGCACCCUAAAGCAGCGAGCCUUUUUCGCCUCUCGUCUUCUCUUCCUGCCACCCCCCAUACCGCAAAACACCGCCACCUCGCCGCAGCCUCCUCGGUUGCGUUGCGGCGCUCUAUCUUUCUAUCCACCCAUCUCCGUUUCUUGAGAGAGGGAGACGAAGCCGUCAUGUCGGGGCUGUACGGCCAGCAAGGGUCCUUCUCCCCUGCGAGGAACCUAUCCCCUCAGAUUAGGAGCAACCCGCCGGAUGUCGAUAGCAGUCAGUACUUGGCCGAGUUGCUCGCCGAGCACCAGAAGCUGGGGCCGUUCAUGCAGGUGCUGCCCAUAUGCAGCAAGCUGUUGAGUCAAGAAAUUAUGCGGGUGUCUAGCUCUGUCCACAACCCUGGAUUCAAUGAUUUUGAUAGGCAUCGAUACAGAAGUCCUAGUCCAAUGUCUUCACCAAACCCAAGAUCCAAUCUAUCUGGCAACGGUUUCAGUCCUUGGAGUGGACUGCCCCAGGAGAGAUUAGGUUUUCCUCAAGGAAACAAUAUGGAUUGGCAAGGAGCGCCACCGAGCCCUAGCUCUCAUGUUGUAAAGAAGAUUCUGCGCUUGGAGGUCCCAGUUGAUUCUUAUCCGAGUUUCAAUUUUGUUGGUCGCAUUCUAGGACCUAGAGGUAAUUCUCUAAAACGGGUAGAAGCAUCCACUGGUUGUCGUGUUUUCAUCAGAGGAAAGGGUUCCAUCAAAGACCCAGUGAAGGAGGACAAACUACGAGGAAAACCAGGCUAUGAGCAUCUGACUGAACAACUGCAUAUCUUGAUAGAGGCCGAGUUCCCAGCCAGUAUCAUUGAUGCAAGAUUGAGACACGCACAGGAAAUUAUAGAAGAAUUGCUAAAACCAGUGGAUGAAACGCAGGAUAUCUACAAGAGGCAGCAGCUCAGGGAGCUGGCACUGCUAAACUCCAGCCUGAGAGAGGACAGCCCUCAUCCAGGGAGCGUCUCUCCAUUCAGUAACGGUGGUAUGAAACGUGCGAAAAUGGGGCAGUAGGGAAGCAACUAUCCCUCAACAUUACCGGUGCUAUCCAGGUCUUUUAUGCCCCUUUAAGGGAGCCAUGUCUCCAGGCAAAGUUUGCCGUGGUGCACAUGGAGGAAGCAGCGAAGCAAUGCGUUCGCUAGCCGAGUCGGGUAUGAGUUGUGGCUUCCCCUAUAGACAGGGGAAACUGCUGGGACAAUGGCAAUUGUCCUGGGGUCCUUGGGUUGACCCCAGAUUUGGUUGGUUGAUGUAAGGUCUAGAACAUUCGUUUAAUUUGUUAAUUGACUGUUAACCCUAGUAUGUGGCGCUAUGGUAGGUGAUUCUCCAUGACAGACUAGAGAGGCCCGAGUAUGUGAGCUUUCUUGUUUACCUCUUUAGGUAUUUAAUUUGCCUUGUAUAUUAUAUAUCUUGGUACAUUCUGGAGUCGCGGAAAAUAAUAAAAAAUGGUAUAAGGAUCA